CUGUCCCUGCCUGCAAGUAGUCGGAGUUUACCAGUGCUACUGCAGGCACUGACUGGAAAGUUUUUUAACCCUAGGCAACUUUUCUUCCAGCAAAACAGUGGAGCUUCUCUCCCGAACACCCCACCCCCUCCCUCUCUCUCUCUUUAGGCUGUACGUCUUCCAUCUGUCCCAGCCUCACUGACAAUGAACUCCAAGUUGUCUCGUUCUAUUUAAAAGCUGACAGCAAGAAAUUCCAUUCUUGCUGGCGGAGAGUGAAGGAUAUGCCAUUUCCUACAUUCGUAGACAGAAAGCAGGAGGUUGGAUUCUAUGUAUGAAUGUCUGUAUGCGUGUGUGUGUGUGUGUGUAGAGACUAAGGAGCAGGGAGCAGACAGGAUCAUUCAAUAACAUGUUAGGUUGUCGCUCGGUGGAUCUGCCUGGUUUAAGCGGCCCGUUCGUAUGAAGCAUGAAAAUCCUGGGGGUAGUGGUUCUGUUGACGGAGCUCCUCACUGCAGAUAUCUGUAAGGCCUUGAAGGUCAUUGUAACCCCAGGGCCUGUGGUGGAGUUCUCAGAAGGACAACGGGGCACCCUCUUCUGCCGUGUAUCUCAGCAGAAAAGGAGGAACAGUUACUUAUCUCUGGUCUGGCUCUUCUCAAAUUCAUUGUACGACAAUCAAAGAAUCCUACGGCUGAAUCGAACAGGCCACGUGCAAGCAUUCCGUAACUGUAGAGAGCGCCGUUGUGAGCUCCAGUUCUUUGAGCAGGGCCUCGCCAAGGUUUACGUAUUGAUCAUCAACAAGUUUCACAACAGUGAUGAAGGGCAUUACAGAUGCAAAGUCCAGGAAAUCGCAAACCUGAAUAGGAGGUGGCUGUCAAUAUCUAAUGGAGACAACACCACAGAAGUGAAAGCAGUGCGUGUACCACAAGCAACUACUGCGCUGGUCUCGGAGAGUACAAGUGAAUCUUCGACACUCUUUGAAGGUCCGUUUCUGGAAACUUCCGCUGUGUUGAUUUCCAAGAAUCCGAAGGAAGAAUGGAGAAUUUUUGGAGAUCUGUAUCUUUAUGCAACAUUGGUGUGCUCCCUGGGGAUUAUAUCGGUGAUGCUUUUUGCAGCCAUUAUUACUUGUCAGACUUUGAAAAACAGGAAGAAAAAAAGAGGGAGAAAAUAUUUGACAAAAGGCCCCAAUAGCAGCUCCGGAGAAACAGUGAUGAGUACGGGAAGCAUGUCCCUCCUACAACCCAAAUCCGAAAAGAAAAAGAUUGUAGCGCAAGAUCCACCGCCACCAAUUCCAGUUAAAAUCCCAACAAGAGCCGCAUCAAAUAAAAGAAGGUUUCUGAGGAAACAGGAUACAAAGUCCAUUCUGCCUCGAAUUGUAGAGGACAGUCUGACGUAUGCUGAACUGGAACUUGUGCCAACACAGCCUAGUGCCCCAAGCAAUCCUACAACUCCAAGCUCCCAGUCUCCCACUACGGUCUAUGCCAAGAUCCUUUUCUCUGAAAACCAAGGUCAAUGAACUCCAACUGGAAGAGCUUCAGGAAAUGCACAUUUAACACUGACAGAACAAUAUUUAAGGAACAAUUAAGUGUUUGUAGUGUGCAUAUUUAUGUGACUUCAGUGAGACUGACGCCUUGUUACGAUAUUCCCCAGGCCUGUUGAAGCAUUUGUAUGUAAACCUGUAUGGCACAGGCAGCCUAGAGACUGCAGUGGUAAAGGGGAUUGGGCUAUCUUAUCCACAUUGUCAAACAACAUAGUUCAAAUCUUUAAACUACACAAAUAGUGAAACUUACCUUGUCCACAUUGGGGCAUUUCCCAGUCACUGCCUCCAAAUAGGGGAGGAAUACACAGCUUUCGGGCCUUCUCCACCAAACUGAGUCUUCAAUAAUUUAGUUGCACUAGGAUCGAUUUUGGGCACGAAGAGGCCUGGGACUGAGUACACCCCAUCUUCCUGCAUCACUGAAAGCCCUGCGGUAGUCAAAUAAGGAAUGCAUGCACAUUUGCAAGUGUGUGUGAAAUAAUUUAAUGGGUGGACACUCACAAGUUUUGAAUUAAUGGUCUUUUGUGAGGAAAAGAAUAAUUAUUUUCUGUGUGAGUUCGAGUUGGUGAAGCAGUGGGCAAGUGAACGCAAAUGUGUGCAUGAGCUGAAUGUGUGUGGAUAUAUAUAUAUAUCUAUGUUAAAUUUUGUUUGUUAAUGCCCCUGUGAGGUUAU